AUGGCAGCGGUGAUGGGCCAAGCCAAGAUGAAUGCGGGGGCAACUCUUCUUUGCCACAUCCUCAAUGUGGACGAGUUGGAGCUUCCGGACUUUGAGGCUGUGAGGCGAGACCGAGACAAGACUCCCACCAUCAAUGGUAUCCCUGUGAAGGAGGAGCAUGAGGAGAGCCUGGAGAUCAUGGAGAAGUUCGCGGACACGGUUCUUGAUGAGCCUGAUUUCUAUGCUGGUGAUGGUGAUGGUGAAAACCUUCCCCUUAGCCAGGUGGAACAGCAUGCCGCCUCCCCGAAUGAUGCCUGUGGAGCCCUUGAUGAUGUUCCCAAAAAAGCACCUGAAGUCCCUGAUGCCCAGGAGGGGAUGCAGAUUGCAGUGGCAGAGAGCACGCAGGAGGAGAAGGCUGGCCAUGUGGAUGAGACGCAGAAUUUCAAGAAGCUGAAGACCGAUGUGGGUGACAACAAUCCAGACACUUCGGCAGAGAUGGCCGACGGUGACAAGAAACAUGAGCAACCGCAGGUGGCCAACCAGCAGGGGCAGGCCGAGGGUGACAAGCAGCCGAUGGCCGACGGUGACAAGCAAUCGGAGCCAACGCAAGUGGCCGAGGGUGACAAGCAGCCGAUGGCCGACGAUGACAAGCAACCGGAGCCAACGCAAGUGGCAGAGGGUGACAAGCAGCAGAUGGCCGACGGUGACAAGCAACCGGAGCCAACCCAAGUGGCCGAAGGUGACAAGCAGCCGAUGGCCGACGGUGACAUGCAACCGGAGCCAACGCAAGUGGCAGAGGGUGACAAGCAGCCGAUGGCCGACGGUGACAAUCAACCGGAGCCAACGCAGCCGAUGGAGGGUGGUCCUGAAGUGAAGCCUGGGAACCCGCUGAGUUUCAAAGACAUCCGGAGAUUUCUACUACCCGGAGAUAUCGCCAACAUCUUGGGCGGUAACGUUUGGGGGCAUUGUGGUUUGAUAAUCAAGGCGAAUGAGGUCUAUCGUUUCCCCGUGCUCUACGGCAGAUCUGCUACCCCUUUCAAGGACAAGAAGGAAGCCCGUUUGAGACCGGUGAUCGAGCUGGACUUCAACGUCAAUGUCUUCGUGCUGGACUUGUUGCAAAGUGCCUCCAACAUGCCCACGAUUUUCCUCUCGCAGAUCGGCGUGGUGGUCCACCCCGAAACCAACGACAUCUGUAUGGUGAAGCGAAUCCGUGGUGGAGUGCUGCUGAGAGAGAGCCAUGAAGGUGGACCUCUGAUCAUACAGAUAUUGCUGUCGCCCUUCAAUGUGUUGACCCUCAACAGGGCCUUGCUGGCAGAGGCGGUGACGGAGGUCCUGGCGGCGCCAGAGAUGCGCUGGAGCAAAAGCACUGCGGUGCGCGCCUUCUUCCGACAUGCGAGAUUGAAACCUUCCAGGUACCCCAGACGGGCGGAUCGGAAACGCCUAGCUGCCAGCUUGCAGGAGGGUUGGCUGGUGAGACCUGUGUGCUCCACGGUCCCCCCCAGAGUUUGGCAGAAGUAUUUGCAGAAGCGAAGUGUUCUGCCUCGCGCGCCGCUGCCCCAACUGAAUUCUGAUAUGUUGAAGAUUUCUCGCGGACGAAGAUCCGGCAGCCACCAGCUGUACUGUGGACAUUGCUUGGUCGGCGAUGGCUCGGACGAAGCGGAGGAGGCGCGCUGGUGCUACGUCUGCGGCUGCGGUGGCACCGGCAGUCAGAAGCUGUGUGGACCGAAGAAAGGCAAGCAAUGCCUCUCGUGUUUGCGCACGCAGUGGAGCCAUGCCUCCGAUGACCCGGACAACGAGGUGGCUUUCAUCGAGGAUGUCUUGCGUAUCAUCCCGGUGAAGGACGAUCGAGUUCUGCCCGAGGAGCUGGUCAACAACCUCUUGAACACAGGUCUUUGGAGUCAGCUGAACAUUCGCGCGGGCGUGCCAUUGCAUCGUCGAACGCCUGGGAUUAUGCCUGAGAGAAAAGGACACCGCCUCCGCACCCUUUGA